CCGGUCCCUGGCGAACCAGCCUUGUUCCGUAGGCUGAAAGCUAUUCAGGCGUGGCGUGCAUUCCUCUUGGCCAAUAACUUGCCAAAACAUUUUUGAUAUUGUCUAGUACCGUAAAUAACAGUAAUUCCAAGAGGUAAGAUGCCACCAAAACCGCAGAAGAGUGGCACAGGGGCUGGUGGGCCGUGGGAAAGUGGACUUACUGCUGCAACUCUCGAGGAGGAAUUUUGGAAGCUGAAUAUUUCAUGGGUUGUGGUGGAGUGCCUGGAGGAUGUGUGGUAUUUAUCAGCGCUUGCACUUGCUGUGCAACAACCUCUGCGUAGACAAUUCAGCAUCGUCUCUUGGGAGACAACUGUGCAGAAAAUUAAUGAACUGGGAAAUCCUAAAGUUAAGAAGGUCAAGGACAUUUCACAACCAUUUCAAGAGGUGAUGGAGGUAGCAAAGACUACACUUGACGCUGGGCAGGAGAUCUCCACAGAGCUAAUGGCCAAACUGUUGAAGUUCCAGCUGUUGUGUAUGAAGACCUCAGACCUUCAGCGAGUCUCUAAACUGAAGGCAACUGAAGACAAGUCAAAAGCCAAAACUUUAUCACCAACAAAAGAUGGUGGCAAACCUGCCAAAGCAGAAAAAGGGAAGAAAAAUCCAGAGGCAGUAGCAUCUGGUAAAGACACUAAACUUCGACGGCGAGGAGAAGAGGAUGAUUCACAUAAAUACAUAGAUGAUGAACCAGAAGACGGACCGCAGUAUUAUGUCCUCCUGCUGGGAUUUUGCCAGCCAACGCUUCUUUCUGCACUGGACUCUAUGGGUGUAUAUGUAUCCAACACCAUCAGACUAAGCAGCCAAGACAGAGAAGACUGUGAUAGGGCGUCUCCUUCUUCUUUAUGUACAGAGGACGUAUGCAGAGUCUUGUGGAUGCCAAAAGAACUGAAUCAUUUCUCGACUCAUCUGGAAGAGGUUUUUCUCAGUGCUUGCAACCAGUCAAGGCUCUUUGAUAUAGUUCGUCUGAACUGCAAACUGGAAAAGAACUUCUUGUGCCCUGAUCAGGACAACACUGAGGCAAUGCUUGCUUGUGGGGCUCAAGUGUUUGAAGCCAUUGCCUCUCUAAUCUACGAGUGUCUGGACUGGCGACGAGACCACCUACACUACCUCAAUAGCAUGAAGCUGAUUGGCGUUCCAUCCGUCACCUCUGGCCAGACCCACGGCAUCCCUGAGUCUCCACCUGAGGUGCAACUCUCAGCUAUUCCCACCUCUGCGUCAAAGAAGAAACAAUCAGAGGACAGUCCUGACUUUCAGGCAGAGGCUCUAAACACAGAUGUGGACCUCAGAUUGUACUGUGACCUUCUAAAGCAGAUCCCACCAGAGUGCACCUCUGUACCCCUCAUUCUGCACUGCAUGCUGGAGCAGGUGGUGAUGUCAGAGCAGGGAGCUCGACUGGAAGGUGCCUCAUCUACAGAGCCAGAUGUGCAAUCAGACCACAACUUUACCUCCCAUGUCAUCACAGCAGCUACUAACCUGCCACGUUCACCUGAGGAAAAAAAGAGGUUGAUGGGCAACUUCGGAAAGCUGGACAUAAAAACCAGGAGUCAUCCAAUGGGUCCUUUAUUGCUGAACUCCCAUGACAAAAGAGCAGAAAGACUGCAUCAAUGCCCUGAGCUGAGUAAUUUUCAUGUCACAGAAAUUGAAACUGACAUGAUGAAGAAUGGCCCAGUGUGGAAUCUGUUGCAUUCAGUGCUUACUCAGAACAAAGACAUAAGCUGUGUUCCACAGACCCACGAGCUCUUCAGUGAUGGAUCCUUGAAGGCAUCUGAAAUCCAGUGGCUUCUUGAGCGGUUUGUGUUUGAGUGCUUGCCAUUGUCUACCGUGGACAGCGAUGGUCAGCUGACAGAGCCGGAGGCGUCUGAAGAAACCAGGCAUAUCCUGUGGGAUGAUCCUGUGGCGUUCAUUAAACAUCACUAUAGCAAGAGCAGAAAUAAGCAGGGUUUGGUGAACAUUGAUGAUUCUUCUGAGCUGCUGAGAACAACUCGGCGUUCUCUGAGUGACUGGAAUGUGUUGGAGCACUUCGGAGCACCUGUCUUCUCACAGGUUUUGCAAGAAGCAUUUCAGACACACCACUGUGUGGAUACUUACAGAAGCACCAGAGAUGGUUCACUCUUUAUCGUCUGUCACAACCCUAUGAGCCCUCAGAGAGGCAGCAGACAAUCAUGGGAUGUAGCUCUUCACACAGAUGUUGGAUUCAGGAAUUACUUGGAGCAUGUUGCUAGCAGUUUGAGUGGAUGGAACAUGCAGCAAGGGAGAAGCCCAGAGGCCAGUCUGUCCCCUCAGUCCCCUCAGUCUGGUGCAGGUAAUACAGGAGGCCACAGAACCUUUGUACUAACACUGUUACAGCCAAGUCAGUCCACUACAUGGAGAAUACUUGGGGCAGGUUUAUCUUCCCAAGCCCCAACAGAGGAAAGACCAGUGGCAUACGUACAGAAGGAAUCAUUAAAGGCCUUCAAGCUUGAGCAGGAGCAUUUGAAGAAAGAGGAGGAGGCAAAAGCAGCAAAGAAAGAGAAACCUGGGAAGACAACAGGACGAGGAAGUAGCAGGCCUGAUACUGCCAAGGACAAUAAAAACACGAGCCCAGAAGGGCUCCAACACACCUCUCAGUCUGCAGCCCCCCAUCCAAGCAAAGAGUCUGAACAUCAGAGCCCUAGUGGAGUACAGACAGCAUUUACUGGCUACAGUAUGAAUGGUUGCCUGAUCCAUCUUACUAGUGAGGUGCGUUCUCUCUACCCAUCAGAUGGAGGAGUUAUUCAAGUGGAGACAUAUAAUCUAAACCAUGGUUUGACUCGAAUGAAAAUCUGCAUGAUGAAGGACAAGCAUCACUUCUUCAUGUAUUAUGCUGGAAUCAAUAGAGGGACACAGAAUGGAUCACUGCCAAUGAAAGGGAGACUCACCGAUCCUCAUGGCUCCUUUUUCGCUACGCUCUCCACUGGAAUGAAACUCUCUUUCAGUCGUCCCAGCGCAGGUAAACAAGAGCAAGAGAGAACUCUCCCAACAGAGAUACCAUCUGAUGCUCCCUCAAAUCAUUGUUCUCAAACUCAGUCUCUGAGGGCAGAGGAUACAGCUGUGCCCCUGGACUCUAACCUCGUCCAGGGAUUACAUGUCAGCACCCCUGACGGUGCCACUGUCCAAUUCAUGUAUCAGGACACAGGUGGUAAGAUCAUUUCUAAUUUAACUUCUCUUUCUAUCUAUGCCCCUUUCUCUCCUUUCUGACACUCAGCACCCUAGCAACCACCAUGACUACCCUAGCAACACACUAGCAACCACCUCAAACACCUCAGCAACAUCCUAGCAACAUUUUCACACAGAGAGAACAGUGUGUGGGACCUCUGGCUGGCAUGUAACCCUUUUCAAUAGCUCCCAUAAGUCUGAUACUAAU